AUGAGCUGUUUGGAUGUUAUGUACCCAGCCUAUGGACAUUACGCACCGUACGCCACGACUGUUCCUGCUUUAAUCAAUAGCUUACAGGCUCCCACAGGUCUGAGCAGCACUUCUUUCUGCCGGGAUUUUAUGGACACUCCCAGGGGUCCCGAGGGGAUGUCUAGGGGCCCAGGCACAGGAGGAUCCUCUUCAUCUUCAUCCAACUCUUCCUCUUCCUCCUACACGCCUGCAGCUUUAAGGCCAGAGGAGGGCCCCAAGGAGAAGCAGGAGGCCCCUGAGGCAGAAUACCUGACUUCUCGCUGUGUCCUCUUCAGCUACUACCAUGGAGACAUCAGCAGCGUGGUGGACGAGCACUUCUCCAGAGCCCUCAGCGCCUACAUGGACGGGGAGGGCAAACGGCGGGCACCAGACCAACAGGGCGCAGACACCCCUUCACCGAGCAGUCGACGAAGCUUCCCCCCAUCCUUCUGGGACAGUAACUACUCCUCGCCGCAGAGCCGUUCCCACUGUGAGACAGGUGUGCCUUCAUAUUCCAUGGACCCAUACGCAUCAGCCUUGCACCCGGGCCUGCCUCACCCACACGCUCAUCCUCACACCCACCCUCACCCAGCAGAGAGCUGGGGAUAUCCCCAGGCCUCAGCCUACGGCCACUCACGGCCUCUCCACGAACUGUAUUCACCGUCAGCUUUAGAGCCCCAUUACGGGCCCCUGCUUAUGCCCACGGUGAGGCCACCUCAUCCCCUAACCUUGCCAAGCCACUAUGAUGUGAGCAAGCUGGAGCCCACUGCCUCCUGGCCCGGCUUGCUUCCACCAGGAGACGUCAGCCAGACGCUGGCUCUCAACAUGGAUGCAGGCCUUCAGCAGCACAAGAAAGGCAAGGAGCUGUACUGGUUCUAA